GGUAAUAUGGAGGUCUUGGCAAAGUACGGCAGUCGCGAACAGCAGCUGACGUGGCUGCUGCCGUUACUCCGUGGCGAGAUCCGGUCCUGUUUCGCAAUGACGGAAAAGGCGGUUGCCUCAUCUGACGCAACCAACAUAACCGCCACCAUUAACCGAAGUCCGUGCGGCGGUUAUUUGAACCUCAGCGGCGUCAAGUGGUGGACCAGUGGGGCGAUGGACCCGCGAUGCAAGGUUGCGAUCUUCAUGGGUAAGACCGACCCACGGGCCGCUCCCCACAAGCAACAGUCCAUGGUGCUCGUACCCAUGGACUCACCAGGGGUCAAGGUUGUACGACCCAUGCUGGUGUUUGGGUAUGAUGACGCUCCACACGGCCAUGCUGAGGGUGGGCGGCUGCACCUCGGAACGGAGUUUGGGAGACAGCUGAUCUUGGGAGCUGGCCGCGGCUUCGAAAUAGCGCAGGGCCGUCUGGGCCCCGGUCGCCUGCACCACUGCAUGCGGCUGGUGGGGGCGGGGGAGAGGGCGGUGGAGCUGAUGGCGGAGAGGGCGAUGGGGAGGCGCGUGUUCGGGGGGCCCCUGGCGGACCAGGGCGCCUUCAGAGCUACCCUGGCUAGGUGCAGACUGGAUGUGGACUCUUGCCGUCUGCUGGUGCUGGCGGCUGCGGACGCCCUGGACCGGGAGGGGUUCAAGGGCGCCGCGGGGGCCAUCGCGGCAGCCAAGGUGGCCACCCCCACUGCGGUGAUGAGGGUGCUGGAUGCGGCAAUUCAGGUGCACGGCGGGGCGGGUGUGAGUCAGGAUUACGUCCUGGCUCGGCUCUGGACGGCCGCCCGCACCUUGCGUAUUGCUGACGGGCCCGACGAGGUGCAUCUGGGGACGCUGGCCAAGAUGGAGCUGGGCAAAACGCGCAAGAGGCUGAUGAGCUCUAAGCUGUGA